AGAAGAGGAGGACGAAGAGGAGAAUGAACGGACGAACGAACGGGUCGAAAUAAAAAGAAGUGAAGUAUAUCAAAAACAAGGACCGCAAAGGGGGGUCCAAGAUUGAAGAUGGUAAAGAAAAAUGAGAAGAGUGAGAAAGGAAAAGGGGGAGAGAUGAUCCUCCUGCUAUUUUUGUUCACUAGGAUAAUGUAUACCUCCUCCCUUCACCCUAUAAAGGUGGUUAUUUUUUGCUUAAAAACUUGCCACAAUAAAUAUGAAAAAAAGAAACGAAAAAUAAAAAAAAAAAAACCAUACAAGAAGAAGAAGAAGAAGAAGACGAGCAUAUGGGAGUUCAAUGGUCGGGCGCAAAAAAAAGAAAAAAAGAAAAAGGGACUCGAAGGAAUGAUCUCGUAGCACCCUUAGUUUCUUCUUGCUGUUAACUUUUGGCGUUUCCUAAAUGAUCUCUUACACAUUAUCUGAAUAGUUAAGGCAGUCAGCCAGGCAUGCAGGCAGGCAGUUAGCCACCUAGCAAUUCCUCUUCAUUCUCGUCGCGUUUGUCUACGUUCUCCUGUUCGCGGGAUUCCAGAAGCUAUUUAGUUGAUGGUAGGCGCCAGUCAACGAGAACGGAUCGUGCACGCGAGAGCAACUUCAAGUUAAAAAGACCGGACAAGAAGGAUGGUGUUUCUCCGUAAAUGAAGAAGAGGAGCAUUUUACUUUUAUUUCUUCCUCCUCUUCUUCUUCAUCCUCAUCUUCCUUCCUUCCUUCCUUCUAUUCUCUUUCCCUUCUCAUUUUAUUUGUUUUUUUUUGUUGUUGUUGUCGUCUCUUGUUCUCUUUAUUCGUCGUUCUGGAAUCAGCAGGAGCAGCAACAGCAGCGUAAUGCCUGGACGGUGGGUAUGCGACGCUGCUGUUGGCCGAGGUAAUGCGGCCGAGGGCAACCUUCGGCCGUUCUCAGACAGGGCCGAGGAUUGAAGGAAAAAGAAGAGGGAGCCGCCGGGAGAGUUGGAACGGGUUCUCUCCUCCGGGCCGGGUACGCAGUCCAGUCGAAGACUCACGAUGAUAGUGAACGCCCGAUGAAGAAUCUUCCCCCCGUCCAACUGAACGAACAGACAGUCCGCGACUGCCCUGUCGAACUCGAGCGCCCCAGUUGGCCGAUUGAUUAACGAAGUGAUCGAACGAUUUCCCGUUAUUUAUCAACAACCACCACAACAACAAUAAUAAAAAGAAGAAGAAGAACAACAGUAAUAGUAAGAGCAAUACCAGCAACAAUGGCAACAACUAAAAUAACAAAGAAUGUUAGCGGGAAAACGAAGAUGAUACCACCGGACGGGGGGUGGGGUUGGGUUGUAUUAACCUCAGCCCUUAUAGUAAAUUUCCUCAUCCCCGGAACCGUCAAAUCCUUCGGCGUUCUCUUCGUCGAAUUCCUUCACGUUUUCAAAGCAUCGCCAACAGCAGCAUCGUGGAUGCCGGCUCUCUGCUAUUUUCUCUACAAUUCUUUGGGUCCCUUGUCGAGUAUUCUAUCCACCAAGUAUUCUUACAAAACCGUGACAUUAAUUGGUGGCACCUUUGCUGCUACUGGAAUGAUGCUCAGUUAUUUUGCUAAUUCAGUUUCUUAUCUCUACGUCAGUUAUGGUCUAAUGGUCGGAAUCGGUGCUGGUUUAUCAUUUCCACCAACGGUUUAUAUCGUCACUUCGUACUUCCAGAGACUACGUGGUUUCGCAAACGGCCUUUGCAUUUCCGGGAGCGCAAUCGGGACUAUAGUAUUACCUCCGCUUCUUCAGUAUCUUCUUGACUGUUUUGGAUAUAGAGGUGCGGUGCUUAUCAUGGGUGCUUUAACAUUGAACACACUCGUCUGUGCAUUACUUUAUCAUCCAGUUGAACAACACAUGAUUGCAGUUCCCAUUGAAGAAGGAAUCGAUAACGAAGCUUUAAGUUUGGACGAACCGAUCGAAACGGCAAAAUUGGAUUACAUUGUCCAAGACGAGAAAUCUGAGAAAUUAGAUAAUACGAGUAAACAGGUGCAAAAUUUAACAGAAUUAUUGAAUUAUUCAACCUCGACUAUGUCGGGCAAAGAAAAAGGAUCUGAAAAAUUGACCAAAUCGGACGAGGAAAAAGAGAAACAGGAUCAAUGGAUCGUCAAGGAUCAAAUAAUGAAUGUUGGAAACGAGGAAGACGACAAGGUGCAAAAGAAUGUUCAAAAGAAAUCCGAAGAAGAAGAAGAAAAGGAGGAGGAGGAGGAGAAGGAGGAGGACGUUAAAGAGACUACGAGUAGGAAUGAUGGAAAGGUCGUUGAUAAAAAACAACUCAUCACGAACGAACCGUUCAAUUCUCGUCAAAUCAAUACAAUGUCGGAUAACGGUUCUAACGUAUUAGGACUAUCGAUAAAGAUGCAUUUCCAGGAAGACAACGAGUCCGUGAAAGUGGAUAAACCCGUGCAAGUAGAAAUGUCGACGUUUAAGUCAUCCAAAUUGGAAAUAUCGUCGGUUAAGGAAAAGAGUAAAAAAAAUGUUCAUUUGUCACUCGAUUUCAGCAUGUUAAGGGAUCCCAUAUACCUGGUCAUUCUAAUUUCAAACUCAACUUCGGCGAUCAGCAACACAAACUUUAUGAUACAUUUGCCGUCUUAUGCUAACUCUCAAGGAUUCGAUCAAAAUUCAUCGGCCCUAUUGUUGUCCGUUGUUUCGGCUCUUGAUUUGAUCGGUAGAAUCAGUGGUGCUUCCUUGUCAGACAUAGACUUCGUACCGAAAUAUUAUUAUUUCGUCGGUGGUCUUGGUACCAGUGGGAUUGCACUGGCGUUACUACCAAUGGCCGACAGUUAUGGGAUGCUUUCCUUCUUCUGUGCACUAUUUGGCCUCUCUUCCGGCAUGUACAUUGGCAUCACGACCGUUAUCCUGGCUGACAUGCUUGGUACCGAGAAACUCAGUUCCUCAUAUGGAAUCUCGUUGUUCGUUAACGGUGUCCUACAACUAAUCGGACCACCUAUUUGCGGUGUCGUCUUUGAACACGUUGGAUCUUACAAACCAAUUUUUUUGGCAUUCGGUAUAAUACUUAUACUGGGCACAGCUCUCUGGGCUUUAGUCCCUUUGAUAAAAAGGAACAGUAAAAAGAAACUCGAAAAGGUAUAACGAUUAUAAUAGGAAGUGUUUUAUUAUUAUUCGAACUGAUAGACAUCUCACGAAUGAUAAGUUAAUUAUGAUUUUAUGUUUUCAUUACUCGUUCGUGAAAU